AUGCCCGGCGUCACCUUGAGCGACGAACAGUUGCUGAUGGGCCAAGUCGAUGAGAAGCAUUCACACCCAGUCAUCUACGACCAACCACUCUACCACCCACGCCCUGUGGCCGUUCCCAUGGGUUCAUCUCAUCGCAAUGUGCUGGAAAAGUACCCCAGAGAAACUGUUGCUCCCAAGAGGAAAAGGUUCUGGUCUCUAUCUUCCAGUACUUCUGGUACUUCAACAACCUCGCGCCGGCCGCCCAUCUCAGCACCUCAAGACUUUCGACACAUUUAUUCAGCCUCUCCCAAGAUCCCCGACUUUCCUGAGCCUACACCAUCAAGAGCUUCCAACUUGAGACCUGCAAAGCAACUUCCGCACCGCCCAUAUCGACCUCUGGAGUUGAGCAUCUAUGAGCCAGAGAACCGGGUCUCUCCUAUUCUACCUCACUUUGAUGCGCCUCCCUUUGUUCCUACCUUCUCUUCGGAAGUGUCUUCUGGAUGCAUGUCGAAUCGGUCAGGGUGGCAGUCAGAUGGAGGGAAUCGCCCGGUUGAGCAUCAAAAGAGCUUCUCUGACUCUCCCAUGUCUUUCCACUUCCCCCGUAGGCAGGCUCUGGAGAGUUCGCCUUCCACCUCGCAGGAUGAUGAGAUCCCUCCCUUGAUCCCUCCCAGGGCCCGGAGCCGUCCUCGCGCAUACACAUCGCCAGACUCAUCGCCAGACGUGGAGAGGAUCAAGGAACGGGUCGCGAGUGCCAUGCUCGAGGUUGAGAAGCUCCAGAAGCAGAUCGACGACGUUAUCGAAAGACAGAGCCUCUAUACGCCCAGCCGGCCAUCAACGCCUCACUCCACGGCCCGCACGAUGCCUGGUAUGAAUCCUGCGCCUUGGCUUGCUUCUGAGCGUCUUUCGCUGACCGGCGUAGAACUGGAGCCGAUGCCCUCGAUACCUGCUCUGCCUCCAGCUGCUCCGUCUUUUGCUGAGAGGCUCACUUCUGAUAUUGACCGCCCUCAUACAGCGCCCAUCAGAACUCCUCCUACCACUCCCCCUACUAGAAUCCUCGCCAACCCUCCUCGCCGAGCGAGGACACCUGGCGCCCCUUCAACUCCCACGAGCACUCCCCCUCGUGCUAAGAGGGCAGAUGUUCCUCUACCUCCUCCUCUUCCUCUUGUCCUCAGACCUCCCUUGAGGAAGAAAAAAUCAUUUUCCCGGGUAUCGAGCUGGCUCUUCCCCGGGUCACAGCACAGCCGGAACCUGAGCUUCGACUCUGUCACCAACGCGCCCCGUCCCAUCAAAGGCAACGAGGGCUUCUACCAAGUCUCGCUGGGCGAGACUUCAGGCCGUCGACGGAGCACAGACUCUGUCGACACGGUCAGCACCUGGGAGUCUGACGACGAAGGCCGUACUGUUCCCACGACCUGCUCUCUGGGCAGCACACCUGCGGUUUCGCAGGACGAACCACUCAUUUCACGGUUUGCCACGUUUGGCAGAGGCGAUGCCCGACCCAACCGGACGAGCGUCGGGGUCGCCAUUUGA